AUGGAAACUCAAAAUCCAAGAACAAAAAGUGAAUAUUUUGAAAAUUUGCUGCAACAGUUAAAGAAUAAAAAAGAUGGAAUAGUGAAAAAUGAUGUAAUAAAUAAUAUAGAAUAUUACAUAGGAAUAUUAGUAAAUAUAAAUUUAAAAAAUGUAUAUAACAAAAAUUACAAAUUGGUAUACAUAGUUUUGGAAAUUUUAAUGAAAAAUAAAUUGAGUGUAGAACCCAUGAUUCUAGACAAAAUAUUGUGCUUCCUAAAUUUGAAGCAUAUAUUACGGAAAGAUAAUCAAGUUAAAAUUAAAAAUAUUAACAAUAUUUUGCUACUCAUUAAUCAAUAUGGCAGAAACAAUCUCAACAUGAACAAUUUAUUUAAUAUCCUAUUUGAUACAAUCCAUUUGCUACUGGAAAUCCUUUCCGAAAAGAACAUGUACGCCCGUGCCCCUCGUGUAGACUAUACUUUGGAAGAUGUGGAAGAUGUGGGAGAAGUGGAGGAAGUGGAGGAAGUGGAGGAAGUGGAGGAAGUAGAAGAAGUGGACGGAGAAGCUUCACCAGUUGACAAGCGUGUCGAGACACUCUCCAAAUCACAGCGGAAGAGAAAGAGAAAAAAUGCAAAUGUGGAGAAGGCAGAAUUAAAGAAGCCUAGGGAGAAGGAGGAGACCCUCCAAUUCCAUAAAAGAAGAAAAAAGGUAGAUGACAAAGAACCAGAGACUCAGUUCAAAAGUGACAAGUACAAAAGUGACAAGUACAAAAGUGACAAGUACAAAUGUGACAAGUACAAAAGUGACAAGUACAAAUGUGACAAGUACAAAUGUGACAAGUACAAAUGUGACAAGUACAAAUGUGACAAGUACAAAAGUGUAAUUCGAAUGAACGAUUACAUUGUUAAUAUAAACUGUCUGUUUAGUCUCUGUUUUAAAAACUAUAAGCCCAUGACCAAUGAUAUAAAAAUAUAUGCAUUAUACAAUAACAUAUUUGGAUUAUGUUCCUAUGUGUAUGAUUAUAUUGCAUAUGUAGAAGAGUUAUCACUGCAGAGAAGUAGCAAUUAUAGAAGUAGUGGUCAACAUAGUAGCAGUUAUGAAGCAGGGAAAAGGGGUCAUGAGGUUGUCAUUGAAAAUUUACAUAUUUUGAAAAGAAAUUUAAAGACAUUUAUUACAAUCAAUGUAGAAAAUAUAAACAGAUCACAUUUUAAAAGUGUUUACACAUGGUAUAUAAAUAGUGCACAAGAAUUAAAAAUGAAUUAUUCAUCUUUCCAUUUUACGGAAAAUGAAAAAAUUCUUGAAACAAUAUAUAUCAUAUUAAAUAAGAUAUCUAAUGAAAACCCAACUUUUCUCUUUGAUCAACAUAGUGAUAAAUUUAUUAGCUCAUUAUUAAAUAUAAAUAAAAGUAAAAAAGAUAAAUUAAUUUAUUUUUUUAAAGAUGAUAUUUCUUUAAAUAAGAAGUAUCCCUUUUUAAGUAUUGCCAAAAUUAGAGGAUCUAUAAAAACAUUGAAUAUAAUAAUAAAAUUCCUUUUCUUAAAACAUAGUACUUAUAACUUCUCUCAUUUGCAAACUUAUUUUAUGUUAUUUAUGUUGAUUCCACAUUUCCAGUUAACUUUUUACAAUAAAUGUGUAAAACAUGAGUACGCUAAAUUGUUUCAUUUCACUGAACCAAGGGAAGGUGAAAGAAAAACAAAAAAAAAAAAUUUACAUAAAAAUGGAGAAUCUCUACAUAUCACACAAUAUUCUCAAGAAGAAAUAGAUUCAGAUGAAGAUCUAUCUAUCGAAGGUUUUUCAUCACACAACGCAAAUAAGGUUGAGAAAUCCAUUGCAGAAUCACUUGGAGGAUCUGAUAAACAACUGCAUACACAAUUGAGUAUUCACAAAACACCAUUAUUAUAUUUUAAGAACGCCCAGGUUAGAGUCUCAAAUUCAAAUUGCUACUUCGAGGAGGAUCUUGAUUUGAAUAUCUUCAAGGAGACACAUACCAAUAUUCAUGUACUGGUAGAAUAUUCGAAACUAGUUUACAAAAUUUUACAUUAUUUAAAUUGUAGAAGUAGUAUAAGGAAAGACACCUUUCUGUUUAUUAACAUGACUUACUUUGUAAAGUACAUAUUUGAUUGCUUAACGAAUGCUUAUUUUUCAAAUCGAGGGGGAAAAACAAAAAAUGCUCUUCGACAGUGUAAGCCGAGUGGUAACAGAAGGAGUGGUAGUAGUAGUAGUUCUACUACUUCUAAUGCAUCUACUGCUUCCAAUGCAUCUACUGCUUCCAAUGCAUCUACUGCUUCCAAUGCAUCUACUGCUUCCAAUGCAUCUACUGCUUCCAAUGCAUCUACUGCUUCCAGUGCAUCUACUGCUUCCAACGCUUCUACUUCUUCUAGUAGUAGCUGUGCUGGCCUGCACAAAGAAAGAACUGGUUUUCAAGGCUUGAAAGUCUGCAGGCACAAAAAAAUGUACAUAAGUGGAAAACCACAUUUGCAACUGUUUGAUGAGAAUCUGAAAAAGGUGUUCAGCACUCUCCAAAGAAGGAAAAAUAAGCAACUGUUAAAGGAAAUAGGUGGAAAUGACAAUGAGUGUGUCAGUACAGGAGGGGAAGGGCACGAGGUGACGAAUCUGCAGUUACUGUCGAAGAAAGGAGGAAAUAAUAAAAAAAAAAACAGAAAUAAAAACCUGAUGAUAUAUCUGAAUUAUUUAAUAUAUGUGAAUCAAAUGAAUCUGAUAAAUGUAAUAAAUUUUGAUAUAAGUCCUAGAACAAUUAUUUUUUCAACUAUAUUUAAUUUUGCAAAAAAAAUAAAUGUAAAUGUGCAGUACAGUAAUACCAGAAAUUUAAAUAUUUUUAAAUUUUAUCAUAUACAGAAUUUUAGUAGCUAUACAGUAAAAAAUAUUUUAAACAAAUAUGUAGAAAUAUUUGGAUUCACAAGUUUUUUAAAAUUUCUUCACUACUACAUAAAUGGACAAUUUAACACACAUAGUGAAUACUCAAGGAAUGUUAGUUUUUUAUUGAAUUCAGUUUUGAUUAACAUAUUUGAACAAACCAUGAUAAAAUGGAUAGAUCAGUUAACAAAUAUAUUAGAUUAUUUUAUCAAAAUGUAUGAAUACCACAUAUCAAAAUUGGAUAUUCUACUGAAAGGAAUGGUAAACCCUUUGGUGAAGCAAGGUCAGAAAUCAUACGUGAAUGGAACUAGUACUCACGUUUCUGGCAGUGAAUAUAAUAACACUUUGAGAAUCCAAAAUUUUGAGAAAGAUUUUGCUCUUCACAUGAAACAAAGAGGAGAUACCUCAAUGUAUCAUCAGACAACCAAUUACAUGACAAUCAUUUUAAAUAUAGAAACGCUGGAAUACAUUAUUUGCUGCCUUUUAAAAUCUAUUCAUAAGAAUAAUAUAACCUAUAUUUUGUUAACAUAUAUUAAACAAAUUGUACUUUUACAUUUGAGAAAGGAAAAAAAUGAAAUUUUUUUCUAUGAAAAAGUCCAGAAGAAUAAUUUUUUCAAAACAAAAUUUUCUCAUUUUUCGCAUAGCCUUUAUGUCUACUAUUUUUUUAAUUAUACUAUAUCUAGAGUCACUAUAUAUGCCAUAUUGAACAAGCAAAUAAAGUGUGACGUGAAAUCUACGUUCAUUGCUGAUAUAGUUACAAUUAUGGAAUCUGGUUUCUCCGACAUUGAAAUUAUGUAUGACUUAUGUGUUAAGGAAAAAUCCAUGCACGUGUUUUUAGAUCUAUUACAAAUUGUCUUGCAGACAUUUUCUUUUUACAUGUACUUUGUGGAACUGAACUUUAUAGACCUGACGAAACUAACCACGUACCUCAAGACAUUUCUCCAUCUUUUGAAAAAGAAUGCCUUAGAAGACUACUCAUACCCAAUAAAAAAGAAAAUAUGUAAGAUGAUUGCAAACUUGUUCAUAUACAACAGAACAUUCCUUGUGAGGACAUUUAAGAAAGAAGAAAAUAUGUUAGAAGAUAUGUACAUAGAAUUUACAAAAAUUUUAUUUCUAGACAUUGAUAUUAUAAAAAAUAAACAGAAUUAUAAUUUCCUUUUUGAUUUUUAUUUUUUCAUAAAGAAAACAAAAAAAUUACAAAGUUUUUUCAUGGAAUUAUUUUCACUUCAUUUUAUUAUAAUUUUGAAUAAUUUCGACAAAGAUGUGCAUCACACAGAAUUGACAAAAGCAAACGAUGACAUCUACAAUUCUACAAAAUUUGCAAAAGAAUCAUAUACGUAUUUGUCUUCCCACGUAUGUGCAUUAGUUAAAAGGAACAAAACCCUUUUUAAUGAAAAAAAAAACAAAUGGUAUGAAAUAUUCAACUUAAAGAAAAAAUACAUGUGUCAUAAUAAAUCAUACAUUUUCAGCAGUUCAACGCAAGAUUUCACAGAUAAUAAAAUGAUGAGUAUAUUUUCAGAGAGUAGAAAAAGUGAUCAGCUUAUCAGAUUCAUAGCUGCUCAAAAAUUCACCGAAGACAUAACAGCAAGCACUGUAGCAAAUGCAGAUAUAUGUGUUUUGAGCAACCUUCUAGCCUUGUUCAGUGGGGUCGAAAAUAUACAGGACAAUUUGUACACACUCAUUUGCAAAAUAUCUGGAAAUUUUUCGAAUUACAAUAUUUACUAUGAGCACAUUUUGAUUAAUCUUUUGUUUUCCUUUUGUAAUAAUAUAUCCCAACCACAAAAAGCAAAAUCCAAUUUGAGUUUGAAAAAUUUUUUAUUUUUUAUAAAAUUAUCAUACCAGGUUCUUCAAAGGCAAAAGGAAUACAUGAACAACGGAAUUUUUAUAACGAAUAAAAAUAUACUUGUUUUGAAACUCAUUUUUCACAUUUUCUUCAUUUAUAUAAAUAUGUGGACUCUUCAUUCCUUCACAGUUGAAGUAACACAUCAGAAGGAGGAAAUUGAGAAAUGUGCAAAACAUACCCAAAAUAACAUUCAACCUGUUUCAAAUAACAGAAAACAUGACUACGAACCCUUGAAGCAAAGUGAAAUAAGAAAACAUAGAAUCUUUAAAGGAAAAAAUCAAAAGAUGAAAAAUUGCUUUAUUUUUUUUAUAAAAUAUUUCAUGCUUAUGCAUGAAUUGGUUGUAUUAAAAGAGGGGUGUGAUGAAGGAGAAAAUGCAAAUUCAGCCAUAGGUGAUGACUACUGGGAGUGCUUGACGAAUCAUAUGCAACACAAGACCAAUAGGAGUGGUAACAAUGAAGAGAUGCAAAAUGGGUGCCACGACGAGAGUGGAAAUAGCGACAUCAGUUAUUUACUGGAAAAGUUGAAAAGCUUUGUGCACAAAAUUUUAAGCACUGGCAGAAGCGGUCGAAGUGGUAGUGAUGGUCGAAGUGGUAGUGAUGGUCGAAGUGAUAGUGAUGGUCGAAGUGGUAGUGAUGGUGGUAGUUGUAAUGCCACAGUAAGCAUGAACGCACUAUUUCUGGACAUGAUCGAAUAUGUUUUUAUAUCUUUUCUCCUUAAGCAAAAAUUCUGGGAAGAAAUAAACGGAAAAACUGUUUUCAAAGUGAUUAAUGCAUUUAAAGAUAUGAACGUACAGGUGGAGGACACCUUGCGAACAGUUAACAAGAACUAUACGACGUUUGUAUAUAGCAUAUUGGUUUUGAAAAUUUUUAAUAUUAAGGUGAUAAAAUCGGAGAAGGAGAUAAAAGAGGAAAAAGUGAUGAUAACGAGGAACGCUGGAGAGAAAUCCGAAGACGAUUAUGGGGAGGAAGGUGCUGACACGAACGAACUUCUAAACAGUAAGAGUGAAUUCCAUGUGAAGGAAGAAGAAGCACAGAAUGGAGAAGGUGCUUGGGAUGAUGAGGCUGCUGGUGAGAAUGGAGAAGCUGCUUUGUCUGAGGAGGACACAAGGAAAAUAUUUUCUGUGGAGAAGAAAAACAAAAAGCUAGGUAAGAAUAUAAAGAAGAUGAAUAAGAAGAUAACCAUGGAUAAAGAAAACUUGACUCGAUUUUUCAAAUUGUUCCUAUCAUCACUCAACUUAAAGAAAGAGAAGGUUUAUAACUUCGAAGAGAAAGGAAGAAAUUCAAGUUGUGUACUAUUUUACAAUAUUAUAUAUCACUGUAAUAAUAUAAUGGUUGAAUGCAAUCAAGAAAAAGCUGUUUUUAUUUGUUUAAAAUAUCAAAAUGUUAUUAAAAAUAUUUGCACAUUGUUUAAUUAUGGAAUUGGCGAAGUAAACCAAGUCUUAGAAUAUGUGCAAAAUGAAAUGAACAAAAUAUACGUCCAAGAAGAAAUAAAAAAUUGCUUAUACUAUUACAAUAUGCACAUAAUAACAUUAAUAUACUUAAUUUCGAACAGUAACAAAUUUUGUUCAGAAAUAAUACAUCAGAGUAGAAACCCCAAUGAUACUUCUUCCUUUAUCACCUUAUACCUUUACCUUAUGAAAUAUGUACACACUUAUUUGGAUAAUAGUCAGAAUCUCAAAAGUACUUCAUCCUGUCUUUAUCUCAUGCUGCAUCUGGUGUAUAAGUUAUCACAGCUCUUCGUUUUUUUCUUCACUCGUUUCAAGAGUAAAGCCAGAGACGGAAGCUACUUCAUCCUUCUAGGAUUCGUAAGCAAUUAUUGCAACUUUCUAGUUAAGACGAUGGAUUUAUUAAAACAUCUUAUACAAAGCAGCAACGACAGUGAUCAGCCCAAACCAGAAAAAACAUUUAUAACACAUUUCUACAUCCUAAAUAACUGUGGACUAUUCGAGAGGAAGAAGUUUUACUUGUAUCUGCUUAGUCAUCAACUCUUUGUUCUAUUGUAUGAAUUCUUCAACAUACAGAAAAAUGAACUCAUGAUGAAAUCCAAAAGAACGAUAAAUGAAGUAAUCAAAAAAGGUGGAUAUGCAAUGGACUUUUUGUGUUCAUAUUUGGACUCAAUUUUUUAUCUUGACAGCAGAAUAAACAAAUUGUUACUCAGGAACGCAAACUUCCUCAUGAUGUUUCUACGAACUAAUCGAAACAACCUUAAUUUAUCCACAAUAGCCUUUCCCAUAGUUAUAAAAAUUGUAGAUAUUUAUGAAUUCAUUUCCAAGAAAAGUACAAUGGAUGAGGAAGAAUAUGAAGAAAAAAAAAUUCUCAAAAACAUUUUUCAAACAACUGUAUCCUUGCUUCAACAUAGUUCUGUUCAAUUUUGCUAUUUAUCCCUCACAGAUAGAAAAAAAGAAAUUUUUAAUGCACUAUCCAGCUAG